AUAAAGUGCUCAGGCUCGGUCUUGCCUCGCGACUGCCUAGUGAUCGUGCUGAUCUUAGGCGCGAGUUUAUUUGACGCGGCGAGCCGAUAUUCGCAAGCUGUGGCGAAAGGGUUGCGCGUGCUGAGCAAGAAUACCCAAGGCUCACAAGGUCGCCGCUGUCGCGCUGCGCAUGACUGGGCAGAGGCUGGAGGCGGCGGGUCGGAUGCGCAAUCCUGCCAGCAGUCGUGCGAAGACGUUCGUAAUCUGGUUGACGCUUUCAAGCGGCUUGGGAGAGCCCUUGCGGAUAUGUCAGUCCUGCGAGCGGUGCUAUUUCCAGUACACUCACCCAUGGGACUGUGCGACCUCGACACUUGUCGCACGCGGUUACGCGCCCGUUUUGGCCGCACGAAGACUGUGUGGCUGCCAGCGGAACGCUGUCCAGAACGUUUUGGUACGUCAUAUCCUGACCUUAGCGCCACCGUUAUAUGCAUCGAGGCUUCGCGAUCGGCGGGACAGACCCUGGAUCGCAUGUAGCAAGUCCCUGGCCUCUUGUGCCGUGGACACACGGACCUCUGUCCACAUGCUCGUCCACACACGCCCUGGGACGAGUUUAAAAACCUUUCGCCGCCCUUGCAUACCUAGGCUUUGUUCAUAUUUCCGGCAUAUAUCGUCUACUAUCGCUUCUAGCAUUCACCCUUUCCACUUUCGCUACUACCCUAUAUCCGGUCCCCGCGACAGCCUGCUGUCUUGGUAUACUAUAUCCGGACGUUGCCACAUCGAAGUCUGGACCAUACAUCAGAAGCCUCCCGGGACACAUCAUCCGCAGAUCAUAACAGCCACUCGAACCUACAUAUCGAUACUGGUGGUAUAAAGAUCUAGACUUCCCCACUUCUGCUCACACACCGAUCGUCCACCCACUACAUCACUUCACUACCACUAUCGACACGAUGGCCUCACGCUUUGUCGAAAACCUCGAAGAGGUCCCGAUCAGCCAUCCCCACCUCAACGUCUCACUGGACGACAUCCUCGCAGAAGAGAGCCGCAAGAGGUCCUCUUCUCAGUCAUCCGCUAGCUCAGACCCUCGUCGGUCAGGCAGCAGCUCUACACCAAGCCCUACAUCGCCCACUGCCACCGAAAGCAAGCUCAAGCGCGCAUUCACUCUGGGCAGCAAGAAGGGCCGCC